AUGGAGGCGCUGGCAAAACUCCCGCCCGCAUUCGCCAAUGGUCUACCCCGGAGUCAGGAGGCUACCGUCACCGCUGGCAAUGCCAGCACUCUAGCCGAUGGAGCUGCGGCCUUGUUGUUGUGCCGUGCGGAUACUGCCAAGGCCCUUGGCUUGAAAUGCUCAUUGGGAAGGAUAGUUGCUUGGCAUCAAAGUGGCUGUGAGCCGCAGGUGAUGGGUCUUGGACCCAUUGAUUCGGUAAAAGGCCUAAUGGAGAAGCUCUCCUGGUCUGUCGAUGACGUUGAUCUAUUUGAAGUGAACGAGGCAUUCGCCGCCCAAUCCCUCGCCGUAUGUCGUCAACUUAUCUUUCUCUUUGCCGCCUCUCUUGUGGUGGCUUAUUUUUAUUCCAUCAUUCAGGUGCUGAACGAGCUGGGACUUCCUAAGGAGCGGACAAACGUGAACGGUGGAGCAAUAGCCCUGGGUCAUCCGAUUGGUUGCAGUGGAGCUCGAAUAAUCGUCACUCUGGUCCACAGCCUCCAUCGCCUGGCUCAUAAUUAUGUUGCUAACAUUAAGACCAACUCUGCCAAUUGCAGGAGGGUUGGACAAGAUGGCAAACUGAGGGGUAUUGCGGCUCUCUGCGUCGGUGGAGGCAUGGGCAUGGCGAUAGCAGUGGAGAUUCUUCCCCAUCUGACUGUCUCUGAUUGCCCACUGAUUGAGUUUUAA